AUGUCAGGUCGCGUCAAAAAACGAAAGGUCGUACGAGCCUUCGAUUCUCGUGCGGAAAAGACAAAGCAGCGCGAUUCCCUCUUGAGUCUUAUCUUGGGCAAUCGUACCGUCAUGCCUGUUUGUUCCUCCUGUGAGGUAAAGGGUUUUUCGUCGUGCGAAGCUUCUCUUUCUGAUUCCUCUCGAUGCGCCGAAUGCGUUCGUGGCGGCAAGUCCUACUGCGACCUUCAGGGUCUCAGUGCCCAACAACUUCGUCGGAUUGGUGAUCAGCAUCAGAAGCUUGAGGAUGCUUUGGAGAAGGCAGAAGAGGAGCGUCGUGCUCUGGACGCCAAAGUAGAGCGUCUUCGAAAGCAGAAAAAGAUGUGGUUUGAAAAGAUGAUGCGCGCGGUGCGCCGUGGUAUCGACAGUGUGGAGGAGUUAGAGCGUGUUGAGAGAGAGGAGGCAGAGGCAGAGCAGCGUCGGGUAGAACCGGUUCGUCCUUCGGCUGAUUCGCCUCGUCUGCCGGUGGAGUUCACAGCGGAUUGGGAUACCCUGUACCCGGAUGUCGCUUUGUCGCCAUCCUUGUUGGCUGAGUUUGGUUUGUUGGAUUCAGGGUCGGUUGUUGAGAGGCGGAGUACUCCUGAAGCGUCUCCUGGGGGUGUUGGAGGCCCUUAG